GGCCGGGGGCUCCUGCCGCCUCCCUGCGGCAAAAUGGCGGCGGUUGUCUAGGGCGGGGGUUGCGGCUGAUGCGGUGGGUGGGGAGCGGCCAUGGGGGUCGUGUGGCUGCCGGCGGGUCCCGCAGCUCGGCUGGGAUGUGCUGGGAGCACGGCUGGUGCUGUGAGAGAGCCUGGGGCAUGGAGGGCAAGAGGGACAGCUGGUCAAAGGGCUGGCACUGGCACAAGGAGCCUGAAGAAUUUGGGUAAAUAAUUUUAGCCAGAAGCGGUACGGAACAGGCAUGGCUGGAGAAUGGGACGGCGUGUCACGGUUUAGCCGCAGUAGGCAGCUACACCUGCUCGCUCCCUCCUUCCUUCCCUGUGGGAUGGGGGAGAGGAUCGGAAGGCUACAAGUGAGAAAAUUUGUGUGUUGAGAUAAAGACAGUUUAACACGGUUAAAAAAAAAAAAAAAAAAAGGAAAUGGGUACAAAACCAAGUGAUUAAAAAAAACCAAACCCACAAGCAAGGGCAGCCCUGGCAAACUCCAGCCCUCGGUUCUUUUGCUGAAGACAAAGUGGCUGUCCCUGCUGUGUCCCCGCCCAGCUCCUCCUGCACCCCCAGCCCACCCCCUGGUGUGGGGAUCCGAACAUGACUUGCCUGUGCAAGUGCUGCUCAGCAGUAAUUAAAACAUCCCUGUGUUAUCAACAGUUAUUUAAUCACAAAUCCAAACAGCACCAUAUGAGCCUCUGUGAAGAAAAUUAACUGUAUCCUGGCCAAAACCAGUACACUGCGAUUGGAAACCACGAUGGGGGAAAUGCUUGAAGCCUCAAUAUUUGAACUGAGAAACACAGUAACAGAACUGGAAAAAAGACUUAGCAGCGUUGAAGAUGAAGGUAAUGAAUGGAAAACCAGAUAUGAGACACAAAUUGAAUUGAAUAAACAGCUGGAAAGGCAAAUUAAUAUUCUUCACGAGAAGAUGGAGCUUAUUCGUGGCAAUCCAGCAGAUAAAUUGUCCAUUGUUCGCACCUUUGAUCAAAUGCCUGUGGGUUCCUUAAAGGAGGUUCUUAAACAACUAGAAGAAGAGAAGAAAAGUCUCCAGAAUCAACUAAAAGACUAUGAACUUAGACUGGAACAAGAAGCAAAGGCUUACCACAAAGCUAAUGAUGAGCGGCGCAUGUACCUCUCAGAGAUCUUACAGACCUCAGCUACAGUUAACAUUGUUGAAAGGCAAAAAACAGAUGCUCUGAUGAGCAAAGGAGAAAACCAGAAAUUGAGAGGGAGAUACGGUGUUGCAGGAAACCCGAAGAUGGUUAAUCCCCCAAAGGAAUCAAUUAAAAAGACUGCAGGAAUGAAGCACCUUCCAAAACUAAAGCACUGAUUUUAAACGAAUGCCAAGAACUUCCAAUCACUUAAAAAAAAAAAAAAAAAAAAAAAUUAACUGAAAGUUUCUAAAUUAGAAAUGAAUGUAUUUGUGCCAUAUUGUAAUACCAAACACAGAUCGGCAUGUCUUCUUGGCAGCCUUAAUGUAAAUGUUCCUCUGCCUGACAGAACUGGUCUUCUAGUUGCCAUCUUCAUUCAGGUGAUCUCUGACCCUUUCCAUUCUGGUUCUUAUCAGUGAUUCUGAGUACCAGGGCAUUGGAAGCCUUGGAAAACAUUUAAUUUCUUUAUGCACUAGGUAGAUCCUUGAACUCUUUGACUGCACAGCAACUACUGAAAACAAGUGAACCUCUAACAUUUUUCAAGAAGAAGAAGGCGGCAGACUGGUGGAACCUGAAGUAUUAUCACACCACCCAAACCAGUGGAUCUCAGAUAAAAUUCCAUCCAAGGGCAUCCCCAUUCAGUAUAGGCACCAAAGAGAGACUCUCAAGUAGUCUGAUGUUGCUACGGUUCAACAAGCCUUUCGUUUCAAUUUUUAAAAGACCGUCAGCAUAUUUUACUGGCCAGCCUGAUUUCUUACAUUAUAACGUACCAUAGAGUUUCUUUACAGUAUAAAGUUGUUUCAUAUUCCAUGAGCUUUCUUACUUUACCAGAGAAGACAAUACACUUCAAGUUUAUCUUUUUUAAAAGCUGACUUGCAAGAGAUGACCACUUUCUGUUUGCUUGGUUUAGAAGCAAAGCACCAUUUCCAGCCACUUUAGACACUAGUAAUAGGAAGAAAUGAAAGAAAAACUGAGCAGCUUUUAUUAAGGAUUCUUCAGAGCCUGUCUUGUGGAGGGACUGUUUCUUUUACACACUACAAACACAUUAUGAUACCAGAUAUUGGUAUGAUGUUGUUUGAAGUUUAAACUCUAAAAUGAAUCUUUGUAUCCACAGUCUGGAUUCCAUAAAAAUCUCUACAUAGUCUUCUGUGGCACUGAUCCAUAUAUUUUUAGGGUCCUAAGUAGUGCCAGUCUUUAAAGUCAUCUCUUCAAUGAAAGCAGAACUGCUUUGUAUUUUCACUCUUAAGCAUGCAAUUAUUGUUGCAGUUUCAUCACGUACAUUUCAGUCAUUAAACUUCAGCAGAAUUUUUGUAAGUGGCAACAGGAAAAAUGUUUUGGUAAUGAAGCUUCAAGCCUCUGGGUUACAUCUUAAAAGCUCCUCAAAGAGCAAAUGUGAUUGAUUGACUGCCCUUUAUUAUUUUUAAGAGCAUCCCUAGCUCUUUGCAGCAUCUAAUAAAGCUUUUUGCCUCUUUAAGAGCAGUACUAAUAGUUCCUUAUUACUGGCAGCAUUGAAGUGAUGCUGUAAUUAGACUCGUACAAAAAGAUCAGUGAUGUCAUUCUAAAAUGCAGAGGAAGAAGACCUGCAGUAUUGUUCAGCAUAUUCAGUAUGGAAACCCCAUUUUUUUCUCUUGCAUAGUAUGAGAUUUAUUACAGAUAUUUCUAAUGUUGCCAUGAUGCACCUGGUAUCAUUCUUUUACAAGCAGGGUUGUCUGCCUGGCCAGUUUUUUCCCCACAGUCACGGCUGAAAGCACAGCACAGCUGAUUAGGUUAGCACUCUUCUGUUCCUGUUUUUCACAUGGAAAGUUUCCAGAUUUUGAUUGUGCUGGCAUUUGUCAUUGUGGAGAAGGAGAGGGGGAAAAAAAUCACCAUAAUGGUCCUAUUGGCAUAAAAGACAAGGGCCAUCUGCAGUAGUGGAGAAUAUCCAGUUCUUGGAUUCAUGCAGCAGACAUUUACUACUGCUGUCUCUGAAUCAAAUGUUAAUCAGUGCAUCAAGUCUGGUCCCUGUAGCACCUCAACAUAACUGGAAAUAUUGCACAUUUUGGGACAGUUAUGGCCUGAGAAGAGGAGCAGACUGUCCUUCUUAGUCCUGUUUUGGCUUGCCAGGAAAAAGCUCAGGGUUUGAAACUCAGUUGUAUGGCAAUUCAGCCCUAAAACAUGUGUUUGACCAUUCUACUUGUGUGUCAAGCUGUAAUGUUUGAUGAACAAAGUGGCUACAGUUCUAUACUUUACUUUUUAGAUUACUUGGUAUUUCCUUUUCCUCCCACCUUUCUGGAAAUAAAGGUACCUUGAUGAUUAA